UAGCUUCUAUUGAAUUGUACAUUUUCAAAUGGGCGGGCCGAGGCGAAAGGGGCGGGACUUUAUCGCGCUAACGGCCGCCAGGUUCAAAUCGACUUAUAAUUUAUUAUUACGACGAAGUGUUGGCUGAGAUGGAGAACAAUGGAAUGGAUAAAAAGGCCCAGUCAAUGAUAAAGAUGGGUUCUCGUCUGCCUGUCCUUCCACGCACUAAACGGUCUCUGAAUGAGGAGAACCAAGAUCAUUCAGCAAAGCGUUUCAGAUCAUCACCAGAGGCAGAGCCUCCUGUGAGACGUGUUGCUGCUAGUAUUGCCACCACAAGGCCUACUGCUCCUGUUGCAGCUGUGCUACCAAAGGCUCAAGUGAUAGGUCGUCAGUCCCUUGCGAUCGGUAAAACCAGAAAUCGAGUACUUGGCAACAACUCUGCAGCUGUUGCUGGAAAACCAAAGGCUCCUUUGGCAGCUGUCCAACCGCACAACACUGUGGCUGAGAAGAAACGUGCUCCCUGGGACUUAAAGGGGCAAGUUAAUGACAUGAAAGCUAAAGUCACAAAUUACAGGAGCAAACUUGCCAACCUCUCUGAGGAGAAGACGCGUCUUCAGUGUAGCGAGAAGGAACUGAGAAGCACUGUAAAGGUUUUGUCCUUAGAAAAAUCUGAACUCAGCAAGGAGCUGUGUACCCUGGAGACCGAGCUAAAGACAUUGCGCCAGAAGCUAUCUUCCUUAGAGAGUGAGGUUAAGGUACUCUCUGAUUUGUCUAGUCGGCAGCAAGUGGAGCUGAGUUGUCAGAAAUGUACAGUACAGGAGCUGCAGGACACGAACAAGUGUCUCACGGAAAAGCUUCAGGACAGAGAGGUAACGUUACAGUGCGCACAGGAAGAAAAUUCUGCACUAAGGAGCAUUAAUCAGUCGCAGAGUGAAGAAAUCGCUAGGAUGAAGGUUUCUAUUGAGGAAAGAGACUCCCAAAUACAUACUCUGGAGACAGAGAGAAGACGGUUGCAUAAUUUGGUGCAGGAACUGAAGGGGAACAUCCGUGUGUUUUGCCGCGUGCGGCCAUCUUUAAAGUCUGAAGGCGGACUGCCUACUGAUCACAUUGGUUACCCCAACAAUGAUCAGAAGAGUAUUAUUUUAUCAAAGACUGAAGAGUCUCACAUUGGACGUGAUAAGAAAGAUGCGAUGAAAUAUGAUUUCAGCUUUGACUGUGUCUUUCCCCCAGCUAGCAGCCAAUCUGCUGUUUUUGAGGAGAUCUCAUUGCUGGUUCAAUCCGCACUUGAUGGUUACCCAGUGUGCAUAUUUGCCUACGGUCAGACGAGUAGCGGCAAGACAUACACAAUGGAGGGCCCAGACCAUCGCUCUGUUGAAACCAUGGGUAUGAUCCCAAGAGCGAUUAAUCAAAUAUUUAACAGUGCAGAGGACCUUAAGGUUAAGGGGUGGCAGUACAAGUUCACUGCUAGUUUCUUGGAGAUAUACAAUGAAACUAUAAGAGAUCUGCUGGUGACACGUCCGGAUAAAAAGCAGGAAUACGACAUUCGCAGGGUUAGCACAUCGUGCAACCAAGUGUAUGUCACAAACCUUCGCUAUGUGGAUGUCGCCAGUGUUGAUGAGGUGCAUGAUCUUCUCCAGACGGCAAAAUCAAAUAGAUCUGUUGCCAAAACAGCCCUAAAUGACCGAUCCUCACGCAGUCACAGCGUGUUUCAACUUAAAAUUGAGGGUGAGAACCUGCGGCGGGAUGUUCGCACAUCAUCUGUGCUGAGUCUUAUUGACCUCGCAGGAAGUGAGCGACUGGAUAAAUCACUGUCAACAGGAGAUCGCUUGAGAGAGACACAGUGCAUAAACACAUCUCUCUCUACCCUCGGGCAGGUCAUCACAUCCUUGUGUAACAAGGAAUCCCACAUUCCAUACCGAAACAGUAAGCUGACAUACCUGUUGCAGAAUAGUCUCGGGGGAAAUGCAAAAGUGUUGAUGUUUGUGAACAUUUCUCCACUUGAAGAAAAUUUUGGAGAGUCCAUAAAUUCUCUACGCUUUGCCAGCAAGGUAAACGAGUGUGUUAUUGGAACAGCUCGUGCCAACCGGAAGUGAGAUCCAGGAGUCUUAUAUUUGCCACUUUUUUUUUUUUUUUGUGUGUGUAAACCGUCCUUGUUUGUCAUAACUGUAAACCAGCCAAGGCUUUUGAUCAUUUGGACUCUGGAUACUGACCACAAAUUUUUUUUAUUCAGUUUAAGCAUUGCAGAACUUGGGUUACUGUGUUUUGUUUUUUUAAAAUCUACAUUCAUUAAGGGCACCAUAGUGCAAAACAGCACUGUGGUCUUCACUGUAUACCUGCAUUGUAUAUUGAUUCUUCAAUCAAAACAAGCUUUGACUGCGUUUGGCAAACAAAAAAUCAACCAUAGUGGCAUUGUUUUUAUUUUUUUACCUGCGGAAAUAUUUUUUACUUUUCUAUAAAAAAGAUCUAUACCAGAAAAAAACCUUUAGAACUAAUCGUUUGUUGCGUAUUUAUAAAAGCUUUAUCUAAAACUCUAGUAUUCAUAUUCUUGUAGCAGUAGGUUAUGUACUGUUGUCUGUGUUCCCUCAAAGGCCACAUUUUGUGAGCAGCCCAGCAGUGAAACAGUUAAUAAGGGAGGCAUACUUUGACGUCUGCAUUGUGUAGUGUUUGCUAACUGCAGGGUGUGGUUCCCUAAUUAAAUGUUUUACUGGCGCGCUGCUCACAAAACGUGGCCUUAGAGGGAAUAAUGAUUUUUGAGCAGGCCUUUUAAAGGGACAGUUGGCACCUUGAGAUUUCUAUAUAUAAUUUUUUAGAUGUGUAAUAAAACAACUUUGCAACAUCCUUUCAUUAUUAACCCCAUUUUUGUGUAAUUUAGCUCAGAAAAUUGUGAAUUUUCUAAUUCCCAGAACUUCAAAUGCACCCUGCUGGCUUCUCAAUUCUAACUUUGCUACAUAGCUGACUUUGAUAGUGGCUAGCCUUUUUGUCUGCUGACUAAAGGUCAGAUUGGCUCUUCUAAAUAAGGCAAAUAGUGGGCUAAGUUUGGCUAAUGAAAAACCAUUGCAGUAAAAAGGAUGUUUUUUUUUAAUUUAAACUUUAAGACUUGGCUGAUACGCUAUUUGACAGCAACAGCACAAAUAUCUUACAAGGUGUUCACUGUCCCUUUAAGACAUUUUGCCUGUGUCCAUAAUUUUGUAUAGGAGGCAGAGUUAAUAGUUAAAGCUUUUGUAAUUACCAGCAACGAAAAACGUACUUUGGUUAUAUAUAAUUUAUAUGUACAUUGUGAAGGAGAAUUUGCCUUGUGCCAUUUGUAAAUAUAAUAUGUAUUUAUUUUAAUCGUACCAAUGUUAUAUAGUGUACAUAGAUUAUUUUUUUCCCACUAUAUAUUAAUUCCACACAAAGUAUGUAGAUAUGCUUUCUAUAUUGCCUGUGUCUAUUCUCCCUUUACAUAUACAAUUUGUAUAUAUUUACUUCCAGGCUAUCUGUUUACAAUAAAAAUAGUUUUGGGAUAAAAAAA